AUGGAUGAGAUUGCAAAUGAGCUUAGGCAUAUUGCUGACGGCUCUAGCAUCAGCAAGGUCAAACUUCUUACUGCUGCCGAUCAGCUGUCCAGGGCGGAUGCUGCUGCGAGGCCUCAGGCUGUCUCCAACCUCAUCGACGAGUCCACUGCAUUUGCACGGGAUGCAGGCAAUGCAGGAGAAAAUGCGCUCAUGCGCAGUGCUGUAGACUUGGCCCUCGCCGGUCAGUGUUUCUUAAGAGUUGCAGCAUUGCACAAGAUGGAUAGGAUGGUGGCUGGCAUGUGCAAGGAAGAUACUGAGCAGAUGGCAAAGCCACCAGUGGCACCGGGGGCUGGAUGGAUGACUCGGAUCUCCUCGUGGUGGUCCAGAAGGAGGAGGAGGAACGAUGUUGAGAAUGCUUUGAAUGCAACUUUGCUAGGGCCGACUGACUCUCUGCCUGCUUCUACUACUACAAGCACUGUUCCUCAGAUACAGGGUAGGCUAGCUGAGAAGUGGUUAGGUCUGCAAUCGAAUGCACUUUCUUUGUCACCGUGUGUGCUCCCUUACAUGGGACGAGAUGGGGUUUUGAAGAAAGAGGCGUUCUCAUCUGAUUACCUGUGGUGGGUGAAUUUGCUGUUCAAACUGUGGUGGGGUUUGGUUGCUUUGGGCAUUCCCUGUAGCUUGUAUGGCCAAUGUUGGUUUGAGCUGCAGUAUGCUCCCCUGUCCAGUCACUUGGCGAUUCUUGGUUUGACGGUCCUUGCUGGCAUGUUUUCUCACUGGUUAUUGGCUAUUGAGGCUUCAACAGUUUUGAAACUCUUUCUGGGUGUUACAACUGUGGCUUUUGCUUGUUUCUACCUAAGGUGCUGCCGGAUGGGAGAUCAUUGAUGUUGCUUCAGGAGCAACAACAAAACUUUGGGAGGGAACAUCUGUAACACUUUAGCGGUCCAGGUUGUACAUUCUUAGGAUUCUCAUUGCAGUUAAUGUGUUGCACAUAUGAGUGGUACCAGAAGUCACGUCUGAUACAUACUAAUACAUGAGCCGCAAAUGGCACUGAGCAUUGGAGCUGGAUUCGUAAAUAGUGUGGAUUUCAUACAUGUCGCCAUGGAAUGUUGUGCGAUCUGCAAUCCUUUGUUUGUUUGCUUCUUCAGUUAGUCUAGAUUGGAUGGUCGAUGCUUGCUGACUUGAUGCUUUUACAGUGUUAUAAUAAAGCUAUAACUAACUCCUAUCUACUGUGAA